AUUUAUCAUGCCGCUCUCUGCGCUGGUGUUGAUGCUGCUGGUCUGCAGUGUUCAGGCUAAUUUUUACAGUAUAGUGGUGAACUACUAUCCACUUGGCAAUGUUUCAACAGGAUCUUCCACUGGCAUCCUUUAUUACAAGUUGGGCUACAGCUCCUGCUUGUAUAGUUUGCCCUACUCCAUCGGUGGUCAGACACUUGUUUUAGACAAGGUCGAUGAGGAGAGUAGAGGAGAGUGGUGCCAAACUGAAGGAGUCAUCUCUCGGCUUUUUUCCAGCAACUCUAUAUUUCCAAUUCCGGUCUCUGGCUUAAACUGGAUCUUUGGCAUCAAAAAUGGCAUCGUAUCAUUUAAAAUUCAGGCUCUGGUGGAACUGAGGAUCCGGUCUGACAUCGGCAAAGCCAACACAUCACCACAGACCACUAUCAUACCAGCUAUCAGACUCUGGCUAUCAGCAUCAAGGCACAGACACUUAACUCCACGAUCUCUGAGCUGCUGUUCAGCGCGCCGCACACAGUAACUCAAAAUCAAACAGGCCCAGGACAGUUCACACUGAGGUGGACACCAUCUGAUUCAGUAGCUGAACAAAGCCACCCCAUUUGUUUUGUUGUCCAGGCAGUUUUAGGUGCAGCCAAGUACCACUCUGAGCUUCGAUGUGUCAUUGUGACCGUUAGAAAAGCAUUGCCAACUCCAUCACCCAAUACACCAGAGUAUGUUGCAGCGCUGAAAAUGAAGUUUUCCUCGUCGAUGGAUUUAUCUAAAAUCAAUACGAAUGUCUUCCUAAAUCAGAUUAAACAGAAACUGCAGUCAUACGGACUGCCUGAUGACAUCAGUCUGCGCCUCAUAAGCAGUGUGCCACAGAUUGGUGUAACUGUGUCCUCUAAUUCUACAACAUGAACCUGAAGUCCUGCGUCUGCAUGCUCUUUCUUCACUGUGUAUUUACUAGUUCAAGACUUUUAUGUGGAAAGAUAAUAAAAAAUAUUACUUAUAACAGAUAUUUUUGCACUAAACAGGUCUGUCAUAUAACAUUCUUUAUAAUAUUAAAUUUUUAAAGGAUCUUUCAAGGUUGAAAUUUAUGUUUACUAUUGAUUAAUCCUUCUUUGUUCUUUCUUCCAAUAUCCUUGUCUGGUGGGCUGUGUUCUGUAUGCAAGUGGUCGUGGAGGAUUUUUUAAAUCAUAUUUUUUACAUGAGUGUAAGGUUUGAAAACUGGUUUUGGGUGAAUCAGUUUCUUAUACAGUCGUGUUUAUUUGUUUGGCUUUACAAAGCUGUUCUUCGAAGUCUUAGCAGCCAGUGGUUGAAAUGAAAAAAUAAACAAAAAAACAAUCUCAGUCACAUUUCUGACUUCAAUUUAUUUUUCCUACAAAUUAAAUCAAACGUUUUCUUGUUUUCUGAAACAUAGACUUAACAUCUGACUUAGGAUCACUG